CUGUGAGAGAUCACCGGGGACACCGGGACUGUGAGCGAUCACCGGGGACACCGGGACUGUGAGCGAUCACCGGGGACACCGGGACUGUGAGCGAUCACCGGGGACACCGGGACUGGACUAUGACACCUGGUGACACCGGACUGACAACCUAAGGGAUUUACCUGGGGGCGCCCCCUGACUGACACCUACUGCACCCCGGAGAGGGCGCCCGAGCAUCACCCGAACAGGUGACCCGCCCGACAUGCAGGGACCCGCGAGCGGCUGGAGAUCCGCGGAGCGUCCGGGGGGCAGCAUGAGGGGGAGCACAGCCAUCCUGCUACUGACCGCUGCCCUCCUGCCCCUGGUGGGGGCCAACUCCUGGUGGUCGAUGGCCCUAAACCCCAUCCAGAGGCCGGAGAUGUAUAUAAUCGGUGCCCAGCCCCUGUGCAGCCAGCUGAGUGGCCUAUCCCCCGGGCAGAGGAAGCUGUGCCACCUGUACCAGGACCACAUGGUCUACAUUGGGGAAGGGGCCAAAACGGGCAUCAAGGAGUGCCAGUACCAGUUCAAGCAGAGGAGGUGGAACUGCAGCACUGUGGACAACGCCUCCGUCUUCGGCAGAGUCAUGCAGAUCGGAAGCAGAGAAGCGGCCUUCACAUACGCCAUCAGCGCGGCGGGAGUGGUGAACGCCAUCAGCCGCGCCUGCCGGGAGGGGGAGCUGUCGUCCUGUGGCUGCAGCCGGACGUCUCGCCCCAAAGACUUACCGCGGGACUGGCUGUGGGGCGGCUGCGGGGAUAACGUGGACUACGGCUACCGCUUCGCCAAGGAAUUUGUGGACGCCAGGGAGAGGGAAAAGAAUUACCCUAAAGGGUCGGAGGAGCAGGCACGGGCGCUGAUGAACAUGCAGAACAAUGAGGCCGGCCGCAGGGCGGUGUAUAAGCUGGCGGACGUGGCCUGUAAGUGUCACGGGGUGUCGGGCUCAUGCAGCCUGAAGACGUGCUGGCUGCAGCUGGCCGACUUCCGCAAAGUGGGCGAGUACCUGAAGGAGAAGUACGACAGCGCCGCCGCCAUGAGGCUGAACCCGCGCCGCGCCAAACUGGAGCAGGUCAACCAGCGCUUCAACCAGCCCACGGUGGAGGAUUUGGUGUAUCUGGACCCGAGCCCGGACUACUGCCUGCGCAACGAGACCACCGGAUCCCUGGGGACGCAGGGGCGUCUGUGCAACAAGACCUCGGAGGGGAUGGACGGCUGCGAGCUGAUGUGCUGCGGCCGCGGCUACGACCAGUUCAAGACGAUGCAGGUGGAGCGCUGCCACUGCAAGUUCCACUGGUGCUGCUUCGUGAAGUGCAAAAAAUGCACGGAAAUCGUGGAACAAUACGUGUGCAAGUAAACGCCACCGCCGCCGCCGCGCCUCCUACGUUACACAUCUGCGUAAAAAGGAGGCCGAAAUAUAUAUGUAUAGGAUUUAAAAAAAAAAAAAAAAAAACUAAUAACGAAAUAUAUAUAUAUAUUUUUAUAUGUGUAUAAAAGGACAGCACUGACUGCCGGGGAGGGCGGCCAUCUUGGAAACGUGUUUUUUUUUGUUUUUUUGCCACGACUUUUAUUGUUUCCUAUUGGAAAGGAUCCUUGAAUAAGGAACAGCGCCCCCUAGAUGGAUAUACAUAUUACUGAAGAACGAUUUUUUUUUUCUUCUGUCCCUGCAGACUGUUGCACUGUAUGACGCAGACUAUCGCACCCAGCAAGCGCAAGAAGACUCGCUCCUGAUACUUAAAAAAAUAAAAAAUAAUAAUAAAAUGGACUGAAAAUUAAUAGGGGAACAAGAAAUGGUUUAAAAAAAUAAAUAAAGAAAUAAAUUGUAUGUAGUUUUAUCUGAUCCUGGGAAAGCUGGGUGACAACCAAUAUGGCUGACAUUGCAUAUUGUCACCAGUGUGGCCUCCAGCUGUUGCAGAUCUAUACACUCCCAGCAUGCUGGAAGUUGUAGUUUUGCAACAGCUGGAGGCACCCUGAUUGGGAAACAUAGCUACAAAUAACAUUCUCAAACCCCCCCAAAAAAUGUCGGGGGGCAAGAAAUGGUUGAAACAAAUUCUGUGUAGUUUUAUCUUAUCCUGGGAAAGCUUUGUGAAAACCAAUAUGGCUGACAUUGCAGAUUGUCACUAGUGUGCCUCCAGCUGUUGCAAAACUACAACUCCCAGCAUGCCCGGACAGCCGAAGGCUGUCCGGGCAUGCUGGGAGUUGUAGUUUUGCAACAGCUGGAGCCACAAACGCUGCUACAACCCCAAUUUAUCCAGGAUUAGAAAAACAUAGCUGCUUUUUUAUUUUUUUUAUUUUUUCGCCAUGAAACAGCGCCACCAUUGUCCUCUGGUUGUGUGUGGUAUUACGACUCCCCUCCAACAGAGCUAAGCUGUAACACCACAUACAACCUGAGGACAGGGGUGUCGCUGUUUUUUGGAGAAACACAGCUAUGGUUUAUUAAGCAGUCAGGAGACAGGGAAAGAUGGGUGGCAACCAUUAUUAUUUUUUUUUUUUUACCUCAAGUCAUUGCGUCGUCACUCAGCUUUGCCAGGAUUAGACAGAAACAAAGAGCUUGAAAUCGGAGGGCAGGGCAAGACAUUUUUUUUGAUGAAUUUCCAAAAUGUUUUUAAUACAAUAUAAUACAAUGCUGCCCUCUAGUGGUCACGAUUAAAAAAUUGCUAAAAUAUAUAAAUAAAUAUAUAUAUUUCUAACCAUA